GGUGGCGGCCGGAAGGAGGUGACGCGUCUCAAUGGCGGCGCCGGAGGUCUUUUCUUGAGGCUGUAUUGUUCCCUGCACUCUUUGGAGCAGUAAGGAAACGUGAAGCCUGCAGUCGGUGGUGACAAUGAACCGAGCCAAGGCUGUGACAAUGCGAAGGCCCAGCAGCGCCAAACCCAGCGGUCACCCGCCGCCUGGGGAUUUUAUUGCUCUGGGUUCGAAAAAUCAGGCAUCCGAUCCUAAAGCACCGGCAACGCUCCUGAAGCCAGCUCCGACAGGGAUACCGUCUGACCGGAAACGCGAGGGGUCCUCAGCUUUACCCUCCAGCUCUGGGCUGUCAAAACGGACCAAAAUCUCUCCCACUGCGCCGCUGAGUGCGCUCGGCCGUCUGGUGGAGGCAGCCGCGGCUGAGAAGCGAGCGAUAUCGCCUUCCAUUAAGGAGCCGUCUGUCAUUCCUAUUGAAGUGCCUCCCGCCUCGCUGCUGGACGAGAUCGAGGCGGCGGAGUUGGAAGGGAACGACGACCGCAUUGAGGGGCUGCUCUGUGGAGCUGUCAAGCAGCUGAAGCUGAACCGGGUGAAGCCGGACACCAGCCUGUUCCUCAGCCUCAUGUACCUGGCCAAGAUCAAACCAAACGUCUUCGCCACGGAGGGCGUCAUUGAGGCCCUGUGCAGUCUGCUUCGACGAGACGCCUCCAUUAACUUCAAAGCCAAGGGCAACAGCCUGGUGUCGGUGCUCGCCUGUAACCUCCUCAUGGCUGCCUACGAGGAAGAUGAGAACUGGCCGGAAAUCUUUGUCAAGGUCUACAUCGAAGACUCACUGGGCGAGCGCAUCUGGGUGGACAGCCCCCAGUGCAAGACCUUCGUGGACAACAUUCAGACAGCGUUUGGCACCAAAAUGCCCCCGAAGAGCAUGUUGCUGCCGGCGGACAGCGGGAAGAUGGGCGGAGACCUGAGCUCCGGUGGGAGUCCACACCCGUCCAUGGCCGACGACGACGACAACACGGCUGAGUUGCUGAUCGCGGAGGAGAAGCAAAGUCCUGACGUGGACCUGGGCCAGGUGAUGCCUAGGUACGAGGACCUGGCUGAGAGUGUGGAGGACUAUGUGAUUGACGUGCUCCGGGACCAGCUGAAUCGUCGGCAGCCGAUGGACAACGUGUCCAGGAACCUGCUGCGGCUGCUGACGGCCACGUGUGGGUGUAAGGAGGUGCGGCUGAUGGCUGUCCAGCGGCUAGAGAUGUGGCUCCAGAACCCAAAGCUGACCCGUCCGGCCCAGGACUUGCUGAUGUCAGUCUGCACCAACUGUAGCUCGCACGGGACAGAGGACAUGGAGGUCAUGUCCAGCCUCAUCAAAAUCCGACUGAAGCCCAAAGUGCUGCUGAACCAUUACAUGCUGUGCAUCAAAGAAUUAUUGAACGCUCACCGGGAUAACCUGGGAACGCUGGUAAAAUUUGUCAUCUUCAACGAGCUGUCAAACGCUCGGAAUCCCAACAACAUGCAGGUCCUGUACACAGUGCUGCAGCACAGCUCAGAGCUGGCUCCGAAGUACCUGGCCAUGGUGUUCCAGGACCUGCUGACAAACAAGGAUGAUUACCUGCGUGCCUCGCGGGCCCUGCUCCGGGAGAUCAUCAAACAAACCAAACAUGAGAUCAAUUUCCCGUCCUUCUGCUUGGGGCUGAUGCAGGAGCGGAAGGAGCAGUCGUACCUAGAGAUGGAAUUUAAGGAACGUUUUGUGAUCCAGGUGACGGACCUGCUCACCCUGUCCAUGAUGCUGGGAAUCACAGCUCAAGUGAAGGAAGCUGGACUCGCCUGGGACAAGGGCGAGAAAAAGAACCUGGAGGGCCUGCGUGCCUUUCAAACUCAGAUUGCCACGAUUCAGAGAGACACUGUGUGGUGGCUUCACACUGUGGUCCCGUCCGUCUGCAAACUGAACCCCAAAGAUUACAUCCACUGUCUGCACAAGGUGCUCUUCACUGAACAGCCCGAGACCUACUACAAGUGGGAUAACUGGCCUCCGGAGAGCGACCGAAAUUUCUUCCUCAGGCUGUGCUCCGAGGUGCCUCUGCUCGAGGACACGCUGAUGCGUAUUCUGGUCAUCGGGCUGUCGCGAGACUUAUCCCUGGGGCCCGCCGACGCCAUGGAGCUGGCCGACCACCUGGUGAAGCGAGCCGCCUCGGUCCAGGCUGACGACCUGGAAGUCCUUCGGGUGGAGAGGAUUCAGCUGAUCGACGCGGUGCUGAAUCUGUGCACCUAUCAUCACCCUGAGAACAUCCAGCUCCCACCGGGGUACCAGCCCCCGGCUCUGGCCAUUUCCUCCCUCUACUGGAAGGCCUGGCUGCUCUUGCUGGUUGUAACUGCCUUCAACCCACAAAACAUUGGGCUGGCUGCAUGGGAAGGGUACCCCACCCUGAAGAUGCUGAUGGAGAUGGUGAUGACCAACAACUUCUCUUACCCGCAAUGCACGGUGACGGACGAGGAGACGCGAGGCGAGAUGAUCAGCCGGGAGCUGCAGAUGUCGCAGAGGGAGAAGCAGGAGAUCUUGGCCUUCGAGAGCCACCUUGCAGCCGCUUCCACCAAACAGACCAUCACUGAAAGCAACAGCCUGCUGCUGUCCCAGCUCACCAGCCUCGACCCACAGGGAGUCCCACGCCGGCCGCCCUCACAGGUCCUCGAGCAGCUCAAGAGCCUGAACCAGUCGGCACGACUCGGCCAUUUACUGUGCCGCAGCCGACACCCCGACUUCCUACUCAACAUCAUCCAGAGACAGGCCUCGUCCCAGUCGAUGCCCUGGCUGGCCGACCUGGUCCAGUCCAGCGAGGGGUCCUUGGACGUGCUGCCUGUCCAGUGCCUGUGCGAGUUCCUGCUGCACGACGCGGCCGAUGAGGCAGCCUCGACGGAGGAGGACGAGGAGGGGGAGAGCAAGGAACAGCGCGCAAAGAAGCGGCAGAGGCAACAGAAGCAGCGGCAGUUGCUUGGCCGCCUGCAGGACCUGCUGUUGGGCUCGCGAGCGGACGAACAGACCACCUGUGAGGUCCUCGACUACUUUCUGCGGCGUCUCAGCUCUCCCCAGGUGGCCUCCCGCGUCCUGGCCAUGAAGGGCUUGUCUCUGGUGCUGACUGAGUCGGAGGUCAGCCUGCGGGAGGCACAGGAGCGGGAACGGGAGCAGAUGAUGGAGGAGGACUCGAGUGACGGGGAGCCGCUGCCUGGGUACCAGUGGCUGCUGCGGGACCUGCCCAAACUACCUCUCUUCACCAGUGUGAGCAGCAUGACCUCGCUGGCACUGCAGCAGGCCAUUCACGUAGAGACAGACCCUCAGACCAUCAGCGCCUACGUGAUUUACCUGUCCCAGCACGCACCGGUGGAGGAACAGGCACAGCACAAUGACCUGGCGCUGGACGUUGCCCGGUUGAUUGUGGAACGCUCCACCAUUAUGACCCACCUCUUCUCCAAGCACUCGUACAGGCUGGAGUCUGAGGCAGUGUUGGUGGCUCUCAUAGCCAUCUUCUCCCGCUACGUAAAGAGGAUGCGGAAAACCAAGGAGGACGAGGAGGUGUACAGCUGGUCUGAAUCUCAGGACCAGGUCUUCCUUCGUUGGACGACAGGAGAGACUGCCACCAUGCACAUCCUGGUGGUCCACGCCAUGGUCAUUCUCCUGACGCUCGGACCCCCUCAGGGCGAGAGCGACUUCCAUCACCUCCUCGACGUCUGGUUCCCGGAUAAAAAGCCGCUUCCCACAGCGUUCCUGGUCGACACCUCCGAAGAAGCCCUGCUGCUCCCCGACUGGCUGAAGCUCCGCAUGAUCCGCUCGGAAGUCUCUCGGCUGGUGGAUGCUGCCCUGCAGGACCUGGAGCCCCAGCAGCUGAUCCUGUUUGUCCAGUCCUUCGGCAUUCCCGUCUCCAGCAUGAGCAAGCUCCUGCAGUACCUGGACCAGGCCGUGUCCCACGAUCCCCAGACCCUCGAACAGAACAUCAUGGACAAAAAUUACAUGGCUCACCUGGUGGAAGUGCAGCACGAACGCGGAGCCACAGGCGGUCACACCUUCCACUCGCUGCUCACCGCGUCCCUGCCCCCACACAGAGAAAAUACAGAUCUCAACAGGCAGAGCCUGAGCCACGAGACACCGCAGUGUCCGGUGAGGAUCAGGAGACAAUCACAGAGCCCGGUCAUCGGCCCUGACGCUGAUCUGGCUGCAGUGUUCCUUCAGCUGUUCCCCAUGAACCCUGACCCCAGGUGGAAAAGCUCGAACGUGCGUAGCGUCUCUCUGGCCCUGCAGCACGGGCUGGCAGAAGAGCUGAGCCGAACCCGCCGGGGGAGCGAGGAGACUCCGGGCUUGGCGGGGCGAGCACUCCAGGCCCUCGCCGCGCUGCUCAACUCCCCGCACGGCGGCACCUUCGUCCUCUCCAUGCACCGGCACUACACCAUCUCCUGCCCUUUACUGAGGCAGCUACACCAGCAUCAGAGAGUCUCUCAGCAGGAGCCUGCCAUCGCCUCACUGUUUUACAAGGUGGUGAUGCAGAUGAGAACCUGGCUCGAAAACCCGGCCGUGGUGGAGGGGCCUUUGCGGGCACUGCUCAAAUCCUUCGCUGCCCAAUAUUCCUUGAAGCACCGCACGAGCGACGUGCGAGCGAUCGCCUGCCACCUGGUGGAAGGCCUGACCUAUCGUCAGGAUCAGGAGGUGAUCGACUCGGGGGUACAGGCCAUGGUGGCCGCUCUGAGAGCUGGAGAGAAAUGCAAUGUGGAGCCAGAGCUGAUGGUCAGAGUGCUGCGGGGCCUGAUCGAGGUCCGCUCUCCCUACCUGGAGGAGCUCCUGACGCUGGUUCUUACGGCCGGCGGGAAUACGGGUGUGAAGCCAGUUGGGAGCGGUCCUGUCUCCCUGAUAAACAGCCUCCUGCAGCAGGAGGCAGAGGAGCCGGCUGUGAAAAUGGAGGUGGAUAACAACAGUAUGGAGGGGCUGAGGCCAGUCUCUGCUACGGGGCUGCUUAUUGAUUGGUUCGAACUGCUGGACCCUGAGGUUAUCUCCUGCUGUCCUGACCAGCAGCAGCGGCUUCUGUUUGCCUGGAACAAGGCCACGGCUCAGCCUGGAUCUCAGGUAGCCUCGUUCCGCCCCUACCUGCUGGCUGUCCUCACCCACCAGACCACGUGGAGCACCUUACAUCGCUGCAUCAGCACCGUGCUGAGCAAACACGGGGAGCUCAGGUUUGACCCCACGGCAUGCCUGGAUUUCCUCUGGGCGUGUGUGCACAUCCCAAAGAUCUGGCAAGGGCGUGAUCAGAAGACUCCGCAGAAGCGCACGGAGGAGUACGUGCUGCAGUUGAAGAAGGCGGAGCUGAUCAGCCUGGUGGAUCUCGUGCUCCCGGAGUCGGAGAUGCGGAGUCGCAACGGGACCCCCGCCAGGAAGAGUCCGGACGAGGCCCCGAGCUCCCUGAUCCAAUCACGGCUCCCCCUGCUGCUGAGCUGCUGCCACGGAAACAUGGACAAUGUCAAGAAAGUCACCGAGUAUUUGAUCGGUUGCAUCAAGCAGUGGGGUGACAGUGCCAUGAGCAAGUGCUGCCACAAUUUGCUACUCCAGAUCUACUUCCAGGUGCCAGAAAUCAUCCGCCACACCAACCUGCCCGACUCCGUCCUCAGCACUGAGGGUACGGGCGAUGGAAGCACCUGCAAGCUGGACGCCCUGGUGCAUCGGUUGCUGAUGUUACUUGCCGACACUGACGACUUCAAGAUGUCAGACAACCGCAUGUCAGACGCCAACAUGGCGUGCAGGAAGCUGGCUGUGGCCCAUCCCGUGCUGCUGCUCAGGCACUUGCCGAUGAUCGCUGCCCUGCUGCACGGACGGGUUCACCUGAACUUCCAGGAGUUCAGACAGCAGGGCCACCUGAGCUUCUUCACACACGUGAUGGGGAUACUGGAGCUGCUGCAGCCGUUCCUGUUCCAGAACGAGCACCAGGGGGCGCUGCAGGACUGCCUGCUCUCCUUCAUGCUGCUCCUGCAGAAUUACGGCAAAUAUUCUCGGCAGCUUGCCUCCUUUAUCAACAAGUGCGUGCAGUUCAUUCACAAAUUCAUCACCUUCAACACAGCGGCUGCCAUCCCGUUCCUCCAGAAGCAUUCGGAUAUUCUCCAUUAUCUGUCGAGGGAAUACUCGGACAUGGCGCUGCUGAAAUCCCUGCUGGCGGGACUGACAGUCCCCACCAGGAGCAGGCUGGUGGAGGAGAAUGCGGAGGAUGAAGACGGAGAGGAAGAAACUGGCUCUCUUCCGCUGGUCAGUUUCUCAACCACCACCCCGCUGACAGCAGCCGAUGUGGCCCCCUAUCUGAGGAAGAUCACGAAGGGUCGAGCUCUGGAAGACACGCUGGAAGUUCUGAGUGACAUUGACGAGAUGUCAAGGCGUCGAGUUGAAGUUCUCUCGUUCUUUGUUAAUGACCUGCAGCGGCUGAUGAGUUCGGUGGAGGAGCUCACACGGAACCUGGCCUUUGCCCUGGCAAUGCGGAGUAUCCAGAACGACCCUCGCAUCGCUACCGACUUCCUGCCCACGUUCAUGUACUGUCUGGGCUGCGGGAACUACGACGUGGUUCAGACAGCCCUGAAGAACCUUCCGGACUACACGCUGCUCUGCCAAGAGCAUGCCAGCGUUCUCCUGCACAAAGCCUUCCUGGUUGGGAUGUACAGCCAGCUGGACACCAGCCCCCACAUCGCUGAGGCCAUGAAGGUUCUGCACAUGGAGGGGACGACAUAGACCCGGGUUGAGGCCAGACCACCGAGGGCGGCUUUGACACCGAGCGGGGAUUGUAAACAGCGAGGCUUUUGCCACGGGAAAGGAAGCGGCUUCGAUGUAACGUGUAACCCACAGCUGGUUCCUGAACAAAAAUAUUCCGGUCAACACAGAACAAUGUCAGUAGCUCUCAAGUCCCUUUCCUCCCCGAACCCCUGGACGCUCUGUGUCCGAUGCUCUUUCUCCCCAAGCUUGGCUCGGACAGGAUGGGGUUAAAAGAAUUUCCCCUUGUGUGCACCGAAUGCUUGGGAUUCUUUGAGAUGAAGUGACUGUCGAGUAGAGCCAUAGGCCAGAGGAGACGGCCUUGGAAGAGAAUUAUUUGCGGUGGGGGGGAUGGGGAGGAAAAAGUCAAGUUAUGAACUACGAGGUCGCACUUUGGAGAAAGUAUUCUUAAUUAAUCUCCUCUUCCCCUCCCACCACCACCAAAUAAUGCACACACUGU